AUGGAAGAUGAAGAAAAUGGAUUUUUUAUUUCUGAAAAUACUUUAAUUCCUUCUAAAAAAUCUUUAAUUGACGAUUUACCGUAUGAUACAAAUACUAAAUGUAUUUAUUGUAGUUCACCAUUCAUAGAUAACGAGCUACACAAAACAUUUGCAAUUAUGUGCUGUUCACAAUGCAGAUAUAAAAAACUAAAAUUUGUAACAAAAACUACAGCUAUAAAAGAGUAUCUAUUAUCUGAUUAUGAUCUUAAAAAUUUAAAAUAUAUUUCCAGACCCAAUCCACAUAAAGGAAACUGGCAUGAUAUGUUGUUAUACCUAGAAGAUGAAAUAAUUAAUAUUAGCAUGAACAAAUAUGGAAAUGAAGAUGCUUUAGAAAAAAUUAAACUUAAACGGACAGAAACAAUAAAAAACAGAAAAAUUAAAAAGUUAAAAAUUAAAAUUAGAGAUCUUAAGAGACGCACGUUUGUUAAAACCACUGAAAAUAAAAAACAUACACAUUCUUUUAUUGGAACAGAUAAAUUAAAAACAUGUGAAAUAUGUGGGUUGACUUUAGAGCAAGAAGAAAUAUAA